AUGAGCACAAAUACUAAAAUCAUGAAAAGUGGUAGUGAACCACCAACAUCACUUGAACUUGAAGUUUCACAACAAUUUUCUGAACUCGAAGGAAAUGCACAAUUUAAAGGUCAAUUACGUGAACUUUAUAUAACUGGGGCAAAGAAAAUCGAUAUUGGUGAUGGACGAUCAGCUUUAGUAAUUUAUAUCCCAGUACCUAAAGUAAAAAAUUUUCAACGAGUUCAUUCAUUACUUGUUUCUGAACUUGAAAAAAAAUUUAAUCAAACCGUCAUUCUUCUUGGACAACGUCGAAUUUUACCAAAACCAACACGAAAAUCGAAGACACAAUCGAAACAAAAACGACCAAGAAAUCGUACAUUAACUGCUGUUCAUGAUGCUAUUUUACAUGAUCUUGUUUAUCCAGCUGAAAUAACAGGAAAACGUAUUCGUAUAAAAUUAGAUGGAUCACGUCUUUUCAAGGUUCAUCUCGAUAAAAACCAACAAACACUUGUUGAAAACAAGGUUCCAGCUUUUCAAUCAGUUUACAAAAAACUCACUGGAAAAGAUGUUCACUUUGAAUUUCCAGAGGUGCUCUUCUAA